AAAAGUAUGUUGAUAUAAUAACUUUUACCACAACUAAAGCAUACAAAAUAACAAUAUCUAUUUACAUUUGCUCCGCCCACCACCUCCGGUUUUAACCGGAAGCGGAAGUGCUCGGGCAGAUAGUAACGUCUGCUCGCUGGGUGGGCUGUGACAGUUAUUCCGGACUCUCAGCUAACGUAAACUCGAGUCAGGCCCGUGUGGGUUUGGGUUGGCCCCGGCGCGUUGCAGAUUCUUCACCAGUCCAGUACGCAUCAUGGCGGCCGCGGAUCCACGCUUUUCUAGUGACGGCGGGCCGGCCAGCCGCGGAGGAUUCCCCGCCAGCAGCGACCGCGACGGGCCGGGCGGCAGCAGCAGCGGCGGCAGCGGGGAGAGCGAACGGGAGCGGGACCGGGCCACCUUCGAGUGCAACAUUUGUUUGGACACUGCCAGGGACGCUGUCAUCAGUAUGUGCGGCCACCUGUUCUGCUGGCCCUGCCUGCAUCAGUGGUUGGAGACGCGGCCCAGCAGGCAGCAGUGUCCGGUGUGCAAAGCGGGCAUCAGCAGAGAGAAAGUCAUCCCCCUGUACGGCCGGGGCAGCUCCAGCCAGGAGGACCCCAGGUUGAAAACGCCACCGCGGCCUCAGGGGCAGAGAACGGAGCCGGAGAGCAGAGGGGGGAUGUUCCAGGGCUUCGGAGACACCGGCUUCCACAUGUCGUUUGGCAUCGGCGCCUUCCCCUUCGGCUUCUUCACCACAGUCUUCAACACCAACGACCCCUUUCACAGAGCAGAUCAGUAUGCAGGUGAUCACCAAGGCAACGGUAACAUGAACAACGGCAACAACAACUGGCAAGACUCCCUCUUCUUAUUCGUGGCCAUUUUCUUCUUCUUCUGGCUGCUGAGUGUCUGA